CAAUUUCGACUCGACCGUAUAGGUUAUGAUCGCAUUUGCGAUAAUCCCGUAAACAACUUUGGUCACGCUUAUUGUCGUCUAUGCGUUCACCCACGAAGAACGCCCAUGGAAACCGGGCGUCACACGAAGCUUGCGUGCUGCUCAAAGUUGAUCUGGUGAACACGGUGAUGUAGAGAGGUGCGAUAACGGACACAGUUAUUAGAGUUUGACUAAUCCGAGGUGCAUACCACGCUAGAAAAUGGCAAACACAGCAGUCAUGCAUAAGGCAAAAGAGGAGGAUAUCCUCGAGUGUUUCCUGUAUCCCAAGUUUUGCUACACGACGGACCCGGACGCGGUAACGGAGGCGACGCUGAGUGAAGAAAUCGAGAAGUACAACGCAGAGAUCGCGCUGUUUAUCGUCGAUCAUAUAUGGCACUGUGACAGCUUAAAUUUCCGUCCUAGAACCAAGCAAGCAAUGCUGUUGAACAGAAUACUCGAGGGAUCAGCUGUUGAAGAAGACUAUCAUACCUUGCCCCAUAUUUACGCGAGUCUACGCUUCGACGAGGACAUAGGUGACGAGUGGCUGACAGUGUUCCUGAUAUUUAAGCUCACCAAAGUUUUCAAGGGAUUGAUCGCCAGAGUAGUGGAUUCAGAUGGGGAGUUUCUUCUGAUAGAGACCGCUAAUGUUCUACCGCUGUGGGCUAGCCCUGAGACAUGUCAAGAUCGAGUGUUCAUUCAUGACGGUGACAUACACGUCAUCAGAGAGAGGGGAACGUCGUUUCCGAAUUUGCUGAACAAUAUAAAUGGCAAGCCAUACAUCUCCAAGAUGUCUGAAAAAGUACAGCUUAUAUUGCAGAAACGAAUUAGGAUUUAUCCAGACGAGAUACAGAAGAGGAAGCACAAGACCAGAGCAUUUCUUCCAGAGAAAGCAGCCUCUAUACUUCGUCUAGAGCCUAGACUCAUAGCUCCAGCAAUUAGAACCAUUUGUCAUUCAGAUCCAUUGGAGCGUAGGGUAUGUCGCGCCAUGAGAUAUUUUCCCCCUGAACAACGAACUAUGGUCAAUCUCAAAAUGACCAAAUGUUUAUACGCGAUGGCAACGCACUGUCGUUAUACCGGUGAUCCAAGAACAGGUUGGAACAUACCACCCGCGACUUGCUCAAAAUACAAUGCUCACGUUCUCGGAGUUAAGGUAGCAUGCGGUUUAGAGAUGUUAGUAGCUCGGGCCAAUGAGGAGCGUAGAAAACAUACCAAACAGAAACCGGACGCUUCCGAUGACGCUGAGAAGUUAAAGCUGAACGAACCAGCCUUCAAUGCUUAUCUAGCUCGUUUAGAGGCAAGCGGUUAUUUUAGAGAUCUGUUGGAAGGUAGCCAGGAGCGUGAUAAGUUGCUAUCCACAGCAAAAGAGUAUUUCUUGAAGCAUGCGACCUUAUUUGAUAAUCUAACAAAUUUACACGAAAGCGAUGCUCAAAAAGUCUUAGAAGCAUGGGAGAAUAUACAGACCAAUGACAUUGAAAUGCAUGCUCAAGACGAGACCACUCUAAGUCCUGCGAACAGUGACAGCUGGCUGAAUGUAGAUCCGGCGCAAUUAGAAACGUACUUAAAUCAACAAUGGGGCAACGUUAAAGACAGGAAAUUAGAUCAAGAAUCUUUGAGUCUCCGAGAGAAAGUGCAGUCGUUUCUCAACCAAACCAGCGGCGUCGAUGGCGUGCAUUUCUUAGGGGAGCAAUCAGUGGAAAAUGAUGUGAUGCAAGACGCGGAAGAUAGUACACGAAUAGAAUUCGACGCGGAUGUAUUUGACAGUGCACUGAGAGGUAUUCUUGACUUGGUUGUUCCGGGAGGCGAAGGAGAAUUUGAAGGCAGCUCGGAGGGCUCGCUCGGUGGCGAUGACGAGGAUAAGGGCGGGGACAUGGACAAGUACAUGCGACUAUUAGAUUCGCAGCUGCAAUCACAAAUGAUAAAAGAGGAGAAUACCGUAGUGGCUGAGGAUAAUAACGUCGCGGAUCCCGUAGAGGCAAGUUUGCGAGAGAGUAUCGAGGCCGAGGCCGGCGGCUCUGGUCCGGCCGGGAAUAUAAUCGGCGGCCCUGUUCGGAGGCUCAUGCACUUGCAGUUGCAAUCGCCCACGACGGUACCGCCUGACUUGCAAAGUUAAUGGCACCUCUGAUAAAGACGAUUGAUAAUGUUAAUUCACAUUGAUUAAACAUCAUAAACAUUACUGCAACUCUCGCUUCAUUGCAUUCUCUGCAAAAUACAUAAACAUUCGCCAUUUACAAAAAGACUUAUACAAAGCCGAUAUCGUGGACUAAAAAAAAAAACAAAAUCUUGUUACUAUCUAAAUUAUAUAUUAUUACAUUUAUUACUUAAAGUAUAUACUUAAUGUUAUUGAUCGAAGCACUUUUAUCACACGGUUAGUAUCAUCGAUACAUAUUUCUAGAGAUCACGAUUGUAUUCUCAUCACUCGGCUAUAUACUACUGUUUUUCAUACAUAUUAUAUACAAGGUGAUUUGUUCUGUGAUUUGUGUCUCAAGACACUGCAGCAGGACAGUUCGUGGAAAAACUAAAUACUAAGAAAUGUUCACGUCUUUUCAUACAGAGGUUAGUUUUUACGAGCUAUUUUACUGGUAUUUUGAGAUGCAAAUCUCACACAUCUUGUAUAUAUACAUAUAUACAUAACGUAUAUAAGAUGUUAUUACUGCAGGCCAUAGAAUUAGUCGGUAAGAGAACAAAGUACUCUACUAUUUGUACAUGUAGUAGUUUUGUUUCCACUUUUAUAACUAAUUUUAAUAAGCAUCGAACUAUCCUCUUGUGUAAAGCUUUGUACAUUUCAAUUGGAAUAAUGAGACACAUUGGACGUUUGUUGUGUAUAGAUUUGUAUAUUUUAGACUUGCUGAAGAUGCGCAUGACGACACAUCUAUCAAGCAUGCGUGCCUGCGCGCAUACAAGUCUGCAUAAAAAUUCCAUAUAAGAACAUCGUUUAUAUUAUAAUUUGGAGAAUUACGGUCUCUCUGUUGGUGCUAUUAGCGACAUGAUCGAUUAUUUGAUUGCCUAUAGUUUGAACCACUUUGGUUUCCCUUUUUUAUUUUGUACUGAUGAUGAUGAUGACGAUUCCCCACCACUCGAUCCUGGAGUAACGCGAUCACUUUUAUUUUCAACAAUUGUGCCACCCUUGUCUUUAGUUGUCGUAUCUUGUUCUUUUCGCGUUGUGUCGGUUCUAUAGAUAAAUAUGUAAAUUAUAACAUCGAUCUACAUUGAAGGCUACAAUCGAUACGUCUUACCUAGACCUCACAGCUUCGAUACCAGCGGCUCUUGGAUCCGUUAACUUUGUUUUUACACUCGGCUUGAGCGAUGAUUGCCCGGAAUAAUAGACGAUAGCGGAGGGAAUCAAAUUUUCAUCUAUCAGUCGCGCUUCAGGGUUUAAAAUGUGCUUUGGUGGAGCGGUAUCUGUCGACAAGAAAGUGACGAAAUUUCAUUAACGACACAUAUCUUCCUUUGCUUCGUCCAUAAAAUAGAUACGUUAUAACUGCGCGUUGUCACUUACAGAUUGUGAAUUCGCAGCUCGGAUCGUCCAAGUAAUUCAUGAUGAAAUUUUUUACAGUUUGAAUGCUCUCUAAUGGUCCAAACAAUCCCUGAAGAACGAAUUGAUCGGGAAACUGUAUGCGAAUUACGGUGCGUCGAUACUUGUUCAAUUGGUCUAGAAUUCGUUUGUCUCGGUCCAACUGACGCUGCGCCUCCGUCAGCAGCGGAGCUGAUUCAAGUUGUUCCCUACGACGUUUAGCGUCUCGUAAGAGAGUCUUCGCGUCGUGCAAGUUUAGGUCGAAGAAGCUGUCCGGCAAUUCGUCCCUCGGCAAUGCCUGAGUUCCAACUUGAUUGAACACUAAAGCGUUUCUUUCCCCUAACUACAAUACAAGAUUUAUGUACGUUAAUAAGUAAACACGUCAUUGCUACGAGAUUGCACGUAUGCACAAUUACAUCUUACAAACUCAAUUUUGUAUGUGUUUUCUUGAUCUCUCUUGCACGCCUCCGUGACAUUCUGAUCUCUCUCAGUGUCGUGAUCUUUUAUAUUGGACGCAACGGAAUGGGUUCCUUCUGUCGCAGGUAUAUUCAUCUCUUGGUUUUUCCUCUUAUCUCUCGUACUUGUCUGUUCGUCUUCUACAUCCAUCUUUUCCUCAUCUACACUUGCACCCGAUCUCGUUUCGUCUGCUGUAUCCAUCUUCAGCUCAUCUACGCUUACAUCCAUAUUCGCCUCAUUUUCUACUAGUUUGUUCUGGUUCUCUGUAUUUGGCACAAUAUUUAUCGAUAAAGUCACGUCAUCUAUUGUUUUACUACAGUGUGGUGUGGGCGAAGGCAUUCUUUGGGGAUUUCUAUUCCUCGAUGCGGUAUCCACUGUCAAGACUGGCUUUGGGAGCAAAGGCGUCGACACGUGCGCCUGAAUUUUAAAUUGCUCGGGAUCGCGAUACAUUAAUCGUAUUAUUGCCUUCCCACUGCUUAGGCCCAGCGACUUCAACGUCGCUUUCUCCAAUGCUUCUUUUCCACAUAUCUGUACAAAAAAGAAAUUUGAGGUGCAUCUUUGUUGCCUUUGAGAUAUAUUCAGGCAAACUUACGUAAUCACAAAUCGCAUAUAAACAAGGAAAUUAAUAAAUCAUGAUUUGUGCAGUAAAAAUAUGUCUUAUAUUAGACACAUAAUUGGCAAAUUUCCUUGUGCACAUGCAAUAUCUGAUGAUGUAAGUUUGCCUGGCUAGACCUCUACGCUUGUAUCGUGCAACAAUUGUAAAACAUAUCAAUUCUCACAACCUCUUGGCCUUGACAAAAAACAGAAAUGCAAAAGCCAACCAGAACUUGCGCCGAUGGUCAGAUAAUAGUGGACAGUUUCUGCUUUUCUACCAGCAUGAGUUCUGAUUAGCUUCUGCUUCCUGCUAAUAAAGAAUUCACACCUUGACAGAAAACUACAACUUGACCACCAGCGUGAGUUCUUAUCAGCUCUUUUGUCUUUCAAUUCUUUUUGCCAAGGUGUGAAUUCUCCCUUAGUUUCACAAUUUAUGCUAUAUGUGUAUGUACCUCACAAUGCAUAUAGAUCAACACUGCUCUGUCAAGGUCCGGAUCAGGGUAUAUGUCUGUCAGUGCUUGAGCUAACGUUGUAUUAGGUGAGAAUUCUCGCAUUACUCUCUCUCCGUCCUCCGGCUGUAUGCAAAUUGUAACAUUCGACGUGGAACGUGCUUUCGUGCAGGCCACCAUUUCCAGCUGAGCAUUAUUCGGUAGGCCGGUAAAACGGAACGUCGUGUUAAGGUCUAAUAUUCGAUGAACGUGUCUGUAACAAUAAGAUGUAACACACGGCUUAAAAAUGGAAAUUAUACCAUAUUGCAAACCGAA